GCUUUUGUUUCUUAUAAAACUAUGUACAGCAGGACACGCUUUUGGUCACUCAGUCGUAGCACAUUCUUUGCUCAUUAUUAUUGAUUUGGCUAUGGUGACUCUGACUCACCACGAAUUUUAUUUUCUACGCUUAUUUCAUAUAAGUUAAAAUGGAAGCUUUAGUGGUAUUUUUCACCUUAAUCUGCAUAUUGGCUGGUUUGUUGAUUGUUUGCCGACCUCUGAUUAAAUGGCUUUUGGACCAAAACAAAGGAAUCAACAAGCAAAUGGAAUUAGCAGAAAAAUAUCACAAAACAGCGUUAUGGAAAGAGUUAGCAAAGUUAAUUGGCAAUUCCAUUACAGAUAAAAAUUUGAAUUUCGAGGCGAUCGGGGACCGAUUUGAUAGCUAUGAAGAAAUAUCCAAGGCAAUUAAAAACGCUGGGCUGCAAAGUUGUGGCUUGGUAAUCGGAAUAGACUUUACGGCAAGCAACGAAUGGCAAGGAAGAAAAACGUUUGAACACAAGUCGUUGCACCAUCUUUACAAAAAUAGCAAGCGUUUAAACCCGUAUCAAAGAGUAAUUACAGCAAUGGGCGAAACACUCAGUUCGUUUGACAGCGACAAUCUAAUCCCUGCGUUUGGAUUUGGUGAUAAAAUAACUAAGGACCUAUCAGUAUUUCCUUUGGACGAAGAUGGAAUGCCUUGUAAAGGCUUUGAAGGAGUAUUGUCACUCUACAACGAGGUUGUGCAAAGGGUAGAAUUGAGUGGUCCGACAAGUUUUGCACCCAUUAUUAGAAAAGCUAUUGAAAUAACAAGGCAAAAUAUGGAGUAUCAUAUUUUGCUUGUUAUUGCGGACGGACAAGUUAUUGACAAGCAAGACAUGGAAACGAGGGAAGCUAUUGUCGAGGCAUCGACGUAUCCUCUGUCAAUUGUUGUUGUAGGUGUUGGAGAUGGACCAUGGGAUCAAAUGGCAGAGUACGACGAGAAGCUGCCCAAACGGAAAUUCGAUAACUUCCAGUUUGUUGAUUAUCACCGUGUCACUAAAAAGGCAAAGAACCCUGGCAUUGCGUUUGCUUUGAAUGCCUUAAUGGAGAUACCUGACCAAUAUACUGCUAUAAAAAGUGCCGGAUUGUUGCGCGAAUCAACACAAAAUGCAUCUAACAAGUACUAAUGUUGAGUAAACACAUUAAAUAUUCAUUCAGUAAAAUAUUUUAUCUGCUUCUUUUCGGUUGGGUACCUUUAUAAUCGCGCUAACUUUGCAUGGCUGUUCAAUAUUACAUUGACCUGCUGGUUGGCUGUAUCCAUUCAAGUAAAACAGCUGAAAAAGAUAAGAGAUCAUGUGCUAACAAUUUAAUCAAAUAGGGAGCCAGUAGUAGAGAGCAGGCCUAUCUCAACUCUACUGAGCGGGAAUAAAAGAGGACAUCUGGCAUUAGCAAUAUCCCAUAGAGGGUAUUAUGCAGGGUAACUUGGAAAAUUAUUGUGAUUGUAUUGGUGAUGAAAGUUAAGAAUCAUUAAAUCAUUUGAUUUCCCUGUAUCUGCAGUUUGCAGAGAAAAACUUUGUGCUUGCAAAAGCCCUUUAAACAAGAAAUUGGUUCAUUGAAUAACAUACAUUAAGUUAACUAAAAUAAUUGAGCUAUGAAAAGCUUUCAAUUUUUUCAUUAACGGCUAAAAUGUUCUUAGAAAUUGUUUUGUUUUUCAUUCCAAAAUAUGCCAUUAUUUCUUAACAUAGUAUCCAGUUUUAUGUUUACUUGCCUUGAACCUACUCACACUCCAGCUAGUUAGCUAAUUAGUUGGUUUUUUAUGUUUGGUAGUAACACCAUUAUCCACUCCUGUACAAUUGCCUGUCUAGAUAUUCCCUUAUGUCUGACCUGCCAUCUAACUGGUCUUUUCUUGUCUUUUGUUUGAUAUGGCGAUAAUUCUUUCCUAAAACAUUAAUGACCUCUUGAAGGCUCUUAAUGUAAGCUGCCAUUCUUUCCAGUACAUCUCUAAAAAUGCAACAAACAUCUUGCAGUUUUUAGACAACUUGAACAGAAGGUGAAUGUAACAAAUUUUUGUAACAGGAAAGUUUCACCACUUUUUACAACUUGGUUUGUUCUGUAAAUUAUCAAUAAAAGAACAAAUAACAAGGUACUACAGAGGAGACACUUUUCCAAUUUCCAUGAAUUAUUAUUUUGUUUAAGAAUGUUUAAGAAAUGUCCAGUAUUUUGUUGUAAUACUUUUCAAUAUUUAUGGGUAUAAUAGAAGAGUGAAAAUUUCCAAUAGUUGUGUUAUCUUUGUUGCCACUGAAGUCAGGUGUACCUGCUUAUGUUCUGUAGGCCAUCUGGGCCAACACUUUCAUCAAGUGACACAGAACAGGCAUCUAUGUUCCAGGAUUAGAGAAGGGCUGUGUAGAUUGGGGUUGGCAAAAGCAAGAAAACAGCCUUUUGGUGGUACAGAUCUUAAAGCUAAAACUUGAAAGUAUAAAAAACAUAGAUUGAAAACUCUAUGCUAGGAAGUAUAAAUACUCAGUUGUGGAUUGAAAUAGCCCAGUCAGAAAUGCAAGCACAUUACUCUUCAGGUUGCCCAAUCAGUUUUGCUUGCACAUUGAAAAUGUUACCAAUGGAGUCCUAAGGUGAAAACGAACACCUUUUGCCUAAACAAAAGCAGGGUUUUCGUGUUUGUGUAGAUAAAUUCCAGAACUGCUAGAUGGAACAGAGAUCUUGCUUUGCCAAUAAUCCGAAACAUGUUGCCAUUUUAGUUUUUUGCACAAAUUAGCUUUUCCAGUAAAUGCUACCAGAUUGCGGUAUAGCAUGUUUUACUUGUUGUCUUUAAUCUGCAAAACGGAGGUGGCUGUUCUCUUUGGCGAAGGGUUUAGUUUCUAAUGUUGGAAGAGACAUAGUGUUUUAUUCUAUUUCUCAAUAUUUGGGUUGUGCGUCCUAUGUAGCCAAAAUCACACUGGCACAUGAAAUCACAGAUAAAGGAACUCUUUUGGCUGGUAGAAACGCAACCCAGUGGCGUUUCUACGGGGGAGGAGGUACAUUUUAUUUCCACCUUCUUUGGCCGCCGGUUUUUUCAAAAGUUUCUUUUAAAAAUUCAAUGUUUUCUUCCAAAGCUAUUCAAUCGUUUUUUGGCUUUGUUAUGGUUGCUCUCUUUAUUUUGCUCAACGCGAUCUCUGUUGCGCUUAUUUAACAAGGGGCCUUGAAAGUGUUUUGGUUUGUAACCGAGGUUGACAUUAAUGAAAUUUUUGCUCCCCCUGUAGUAACCAAGAAAAAUUCAUUCUUGACAAUCAUUUAAAUUCUAUAUUUGUUAUAUAUUGUCACGAAGAUACACCUUCUUGGGGUGGGGUGCGCAAGGUAACCCCAAACAAAGAUUCUCCGCAUCCCAUUGAAAACCCUUUUCGCUUUGGAACAAUCAGAGUGCGCCUGUCUAAAAAUAGAACUCAAGGGGAAAGAUAUGAUUUUGGUCCAUAUCACGUGUUGUUUAGCGUAUCAAACUGCCUUCAUACUGUGAAUUUCAACUUUCCAGGACAUGGCGUUCUUUGUUUAUGGCCACUGGUAGUAUUAGGGGUCUGGCCAGAGUACCCCUUUCUAAAAAUUUAUCUUAGGGGGCAAGAAAUGAUUUGGGUCUAUAUCACAUGUUGCUCAGCGUAUCAAACUUAGUGUUUGAUGAACUUUUAGUGCUUGUAUCGAAAUUUGCACAAUCUCGCUUUGUUUCUGCACUAAUCUCCUGCACUAUUUUAAGGAGCAAAUUCUACUUAGGCCGAAAAGCUUGCGAUUUUCCUUGAAUGUAAGUAACAAAGACAUCCUCUGGAUAGCCGUUCUCCAGGAAGAACUUGUUGGUCAAGUCCCUAUGAGUUAAUUUUUUGAUGAGGUUGAUUUUCCUUUGUUUUAUGAUCUGAUCUUUUUCGGCCUAUUUCGAUCAACAACUGGGUAAAUAUAUUUCCUGGCGUAGAGUUUUCGAUCUAUGUUCUGAUAAUAUAGGUACUUGCUACUUGUUCUAUCUAAACAUUUAUACUCUGAAAAGUGCCAGACGAAAAUCUUUAGUAUGACUCAAAAUGUUUGCUUUUUUCAAAGCCAAUUUGAAAACAAAAAAACCAUUUGAAAUACACUGUUUGGAUGAAGAAAUAUGUCUUUGGCCUGCUGACAAGAUUAUUAUUUCAAGUGCCAUUAAAGUGCCAUUAAGGCACAAAUUAGGGAAUAUAACCGCACAUUACAAAACACGUUUUGCCCUCUCAAACCAGAUAUCACACCCUAAUUUCCCAUCAUUCUAUGCCGGUUUGGUCCGUUAGUCACGCCCACGCUUUCGACCACUCUUGUCCAAUGUUUGUUCAGCUAUCUUUCGUAUGUUUGAUCUUGCAAAUUUUCGUAUGAUUUAUUGCUCCUGUACAAACUUUUAAUCCAGACUCUGUUAGCAGCCAUCCAAAAAUUAUGAAAUUCGAUAAACACUUAAUGCUUCUGUGCAAAUGUUAUUCCUGCGUUUACGUGUUACGUUCUUCACCACGAUUCAUUGAUUAAGGCUGCAAACUAUUUUUAAAUACUUACGAGAAGUGGCGUUUCUGUUUGAAAUGAUUGGCGUUCGGAUUGAUGAACUGACGCUAACGAGAUCUAGUAUUUCAGAUCUACGAGAUCACUGACAAAAAUAAAUGAAUAUAUGCAUCCACGUCUAUUCCCAGCGCUUUGCCUUUGCUGGUCUACACUGAUAAAUUUGUUUAUAGAGCGAAUUAGGUAAAAAAUUAUCACAU